AUGGCAGCUAGUACAAUUAUUAUACCAUUGACAACACAGUUAUGGCAAAUAUAUACCUGUGCAUUCAUAUUUGGUUUGGGGACUGGUGUGUGGUUAGCUGCCUAUUACACCUGGAUAAUUGAGAUAUGGCAGUCCAGAUCGGGUCCAUUAGUGUUUUUAUCACAACUUAUGUAUGGAAUUGGUUUUGUUUUUGGACCCAUUUUAGACAAACCAUUUUUGACGGGAGAUAUCAAUGACAGGAGAAAUGAGACACAAAUGGACAGAUCAAUAGUUAUGAUAGACAUAGAGAAGCGCAAAUCAAAACUAAUGGUACCAUUUAUAGUCAGUGGAGGACUACAAGCACUUUUUCCUCUAUUAUUGAUAAUAAUGUUUAUCAUAAAACCUUACGAAAAACCAAAGCAAGAGAUCAUUGAAAGUACUGCUAAUAGUAAUACUAAUAAUAAUGGAUCGGUUAUUAAGCCAAUGGAUGGCAAAAAGUGGACCAAAUAUGCGACAAUAAUAUUGAUGACAAUUAGUUUAUCAUCUCUAAACACAUUAGAAAUUGUAUAUUUUGGUUUGGGACCCACCUAUUUUCAAUAUGUACCAGCAGGACUGGGAGCACCUACAGCUGCGGCUAUCGUAUCUGUGAUGACAGCCUGUUAUACUAUUGGACAGGCCUUUAAUUUUUUCAUAACAAUGACUGUUAAACCUAUUUAUAUCAUAUCAUAUCAUUAUGUCAUAGCAUUUAUAGUAAUAAUUUGUCUUAUAUUUGUUCAAAACUCUGAGAUAGGGUUAUGGAUAAUGAGUGCAGCCAUAGGACUGGCUAUUUCAGCUCUAUUUCCGGGACACAUGACUUUCUUUGAGAAAUAUAUUAAUAUAACCGAUAAAGUAUCGACUUUUAUGUGGUGUAUCUGUGGUGUUAUCAAUACAAUCGCAGCCCUUAUAUUCACUUUAGGUGUUUCUGUAUAUAAGCCAUAUGACCGGGAAAUAGAGCCGAUACACCAAAUCCAAGAGUUAUACCUAAUAUCCAAAUACAAGUCGUCGAGUUUUGAACCAAUAGUAGGAACAGUCAAUGAGGACAAACAAAUUGUCAUUAAUAAAACUAAUGAUGCUUUCAAUAACACAUUCCUAUUGUCAUCACUUCUUUGA